AUGUCGUCGGAAUUUCUAGCGUCCAUGACCUUUGCCAAUGGCAAUAACGACCUAGGUUGUGAUUGCGACGAAUGCGGAGUUCCACUCCCGGCCCCGAUCAUGGCAGCUGUCCGCAAACGCAAGUGGGAAAUGAUUGAAAGACGUCCAAUGUUCAGUACUCAAGAACGAAGUUUGAUUAGCCGCCAAGACGGCACUUCUAUUUGGAAGACAGUCGUUCCUGUGGGAUCAGAUCCACUUGUCGAAUUUGGUCAGUCACAUCGCAUUUUAUGGGUGAAGCAACUCGACCCAAAGACAUGUCAUAUCAAAUCUAUUGGUGAAGGCAUCAUUGGAUCUUCGUCGGAAGAAGAUUCUCGAAAGCGUUUGGAUUGGGAAGAGGGAGACAUUUAUUUAGUCAAGUCCAAUGGUGGAAAGGCUAUAGGUUGGACGCACUGUCUGAAUAAAGAAGAAAAUGCUGGCACUUUAGAGUCUUCAACCGCCAAGGGCAAUUCAGAUGAUUCGACACCAUCAGUUGAACCAGCCAUAUUGAUCACCAUUAAAAUUCCAUUGAGCAAGAAAAGUGAAGAUACGACACCAUCAGAGGACGAACUCCCCGACAUGGACGGUAUCACAUCCGAUUCCUGGGCUUCCUACUUUUUGAAGCUUUCACAAAUCGUGUUGAAUGACUGCAAAGAGCACUCUCCUGGACUCAUCAAAUUGUCCGAGGAAUAUCGCAAGAGUGUCAGACAUGCCAUGGGAAAAGUGCAGUCCAAGGCGCAAGCAAUUCCCAACAUGACAACGGGAAAUGGAAAGGCACCUAUCGACAGCUUUGCGUUGGCCCCAGGCACCCCCAUGCCAAGAAGCACAAACCAAGUCGAUGUUGCUACCGAGCAAUUAUAG